AUGAGGGCCCAAAAUCCGAUUAAAGUACACCUACAAGGCCAUAUAGCGGUCAUAACUAUCAGCAACCCUGAGAAGCUCAAUUCCAUGCACCAGGACCACUAUUUUCAGUUAGGGGAAAGCCUUUGCAAUGUCGACAAAACACCUGAAAUCACCAUAACAGUCCUGACCGGCACGGGACGGUUCUUUUCGGCGGGCACCGAUGUUAGUUCUACCUCUCGAAACAUGUCCCACGGAACUGAUAUACGACGCAACAUGCGUAGCAUGUACUUUUCAAAUCUCGACCUCACCCAUAUACUCGUCAAUUUCUCCAAAAUUCUUAUUGUGGCACUGAAUGGGCCGGUUGUCGGGUUUCUGGCAGCUCUCAUUGCACAUGCAGACUUCAUAUAUGCUGCGCCCCAUACCUUUCUCCUCACACCAUUCUCUUCGCUCGGCGUCGCGGCUGAGGGUGCAGCGUCUUGCUCCUUCGUACGGCGCCUUGGGAUUUCCAAAGCAAACGAAGCCUUAGUAAUGAGCAAGCGGAUACCCUGCGAAGAGCUCGUUGCCAACGGGUUCGUCAAUAAGGUUAUCUCUGCCCCGUCCGGAAAGCCAGAUGAUUCUGUUGGGUUUCGGAAGCGGGUACUCGAAGAAGUACAAAAGCGAUUCAGUCCGAUUGCCACACAAUCUAAUUUGCUGUCUAUCAAAAAUUUGAUUCGUGAACCGGAGAGACGCAUAGAUAGUCAGCAAAACUGCGACGAGGUUUUUGCGGGGCUAGAAAUGGUCACAACGGGUAUCCCAGGGGAGCAGAUGCGGGCAAUUAAGGAAGGCCGAAAGAGACAUAAAUUGUAA